CUUUUGAAAAUAUGUCAAAGUAGAAGAAGAACACAAGUAUGCUAUUGUUAUUUGUUGACGUCGAGACAAAAUUUAAUAAUUUAUCGAAAUAUUCGGAAAUUUUGAUUCUAAUAAUUUGAUUAGUAUAUAGUAUUAUGGAAUAUAUGUACCUAGGCGCUGACGCCAUGAAUCCCUCUGAAGAUAUCAUCCCCAUCACGAAUAUGUAUGAAGCUCCAAAUCGACCGAAUCAGUUUUCGCCUAAUUUCCGACCAUACAACUUGGGUGAAGCCGAUCCGGAGUAUGUGGAAUUCUGUUCUGUACUGGCUGAUGGGGGUGAACAAUACAACGUAACGACGGUGGCUUACGAUGCGUACGAGGAGCUCCUAUGGAUGGGAAAUCAAGGGGGACACGUAACGUCUUACUACGGAGGAGCGAUGCAGAAGUACACAUCGUUUCAAGUGCACGCAACGGACAUCGUAAGACAGAUCACGACUAUCGACAGCGGGAUUCUAGCUUUGACACAGACGACAUUAAGACAUCAGAUUCGACGCGGGAUGCCUAAAUUCACGCAUAAAUCACCGAACAUGAAGGACAAUCUCUGCAUGCUGCAAAUGUCCCCGGCUCGAGUACUUAUCGGUGGCUAUCAGGAUCACAUUAUCGAUUUUGAUGUCCCUACCAUCAUGGAAACUAAACUGGCUUAUGUUGAGAAUGCAUGCACAAUCUUGAGAAAGAACUCGCGCUGCGUGCUGGCAAGUGAUACAUUAGGAAACAUAACGUUGCGCGAUUUCAACUCACUCAACGUGGAACACACAAUCAAGGCUCCUCACGGCAACUUAUCGGAUUUCGAUGUUCAGGGGAAUUACUUAAUAUCUUGUGGAUUCGCGAAUCGGCAAGGAACCAUCGCAGUAGAUCGUUUUCUCAUGGUCUAUGACCUUCGAAUGUUGCGGCUUGUUUCUCCGAUUCAAGUAUUCAUUGAGCCAACGCUCAUUCGAUUUUUGCCGUCACAAUAUUCACGUGUAGCCAUUGCCUCUAACCUGGGCGAAUUCCAACUGGUAGACACAAUCGAAUUGAGUGAACCAAGAGUUUGUAUGUAUCAAUUGUCACAAAUGGUUACUGCUCCCCAAAGCCUUUGUCUUGAUAUAAGUUCAUCGGGCCAGGCAAUGGCUUUUGGAGAAUCUGGGCGAAUUCAUAUGAUUUGUGCGACCGCCUAUCCGGAACCGCAAUUCAAUGCUUUUUCCCGUGAAACCGAGUUUCCAGAUCCUAUCGAACCACUUCCUAUGAUCCCCAUUACUGACACAAAUUUCCCGUUGUCAUCCAUUCCCCUUCCGCAUCUUGUAACAGGAACACGGUAUUACAGUGAUUGGAGCCCAGACCUAAUGGCUUUCAACUAUCGCAGACCAAAAUCCAUUGACCCGGAAAUAUUGAAUAGUAUGAAGAUGCAAGGACCCAUUGGGUAUGCGCCAAAUCCACGACUUACUAGGAGAAAUCAGGUGCAAUAUGUUAUGGACAGUAAUGGAUCAAAUAGCACCGCAAUCGCGUCUACAAGCACAACUAAAAUAACUGAGUCCGGAGUGAAAAUCAUUCCGAGACGCUACCGCAAAGUUGAAAUGAAAUAUUCCAAACUGGGAACACAAGAUUUCGACUUUGAAUCCCACAAUCAAACCAAUUUUGCUGGCCUUGAAGCAACACUUCCAAACGCUUACUGUAAUUCGAUGCUUCAAGUUCUGUAUUACAUAUAUCCGUUGCGUAAAAAGUUGCUUUCACAUUCCUGCGCAAAAGAGUUUUGUCUGUCUUGUGAGUUGGGUUUUUUGUUUCACAUGUUGGAUAAAUCGACAGAUUCUCUUUCAGCUGCAUCUCCGUGUCAGGCCAGUAAUUUUCUGAGAUCGUUUCGUACUGUGCCUGAGGCGGCUGCACUUGGUUUGAUAUUGUCCGAUCGCUAUGCCUCGCAAUCAAUAAAUCUAAUCAGUUUGAUACAAAAUUGGAAUCGAUUUAUUCUUCACCAAAUGCAUUACGAAAUUCUGGAGUCAUCGAAGAACAACUAUAUAAAUACCUUGCUUUACACAGGGGUUUAUGAGGACUUUGUGACUUCAGGUUAUGUUGAUCCAGCUGUGAUGCGACCGGAAGGACAGAAUACUAAUGAAGGAAUCUUCCAAUGCAUUGACGUGAAGACUGAUGACCCUGAAACUAAAGAAGAGGAAGAAGUAACGGAAACUAGCAAAAUAAAUGAGGAAACUGAUAUCAGUAAACUUUUUGGCACAAAGCAGAAAUGCAUUAAUCAAUGUCUAAAGUGCAAUGAAAAGAAAACCAAAAGAAACAUCUUGCUUGUAUGCAACUUAAUAUAUCCUUCAAGCAGUAAAGAAAAUGAGUUUUUUACAUUCGGCCAAAUCUUAAAGAGUUCGUUAUGUGUUGAAAAGACAAUUCCAACGUUUUGUGAGAAUUGUAAGAAGUUUUCCCCAACAAACCAAUAUAUUAAGGUAACAAGUCUACCUCGUAUCCUAUCAAUGAACUGUGGGUUGAACAAUGAGAAAGACCUAACAUUCCUGAAACGAUUGUUGAACAGAAACUUUACAAUACAGUCGGAGAGUCCCGCUGUGCCGAACACCAUUAAACCCUGUCGUUAUGGACUCAAUUGUUCACGCGUCGACUGCCACUUUGUUCAUCCAGAUCGAAAAUCACCAACAACAAAUGUAUCUCAAAAUGUACCACCGACAUAUAGACAAAAUUCAUGGUUUCCGUUAAGCUUUUCAAUGCGCAUUGAUGAAAACGAUGAACUCGAAAUUCAAGUGGAUGGUAGUGAUAACGUCAACAAUAACAAGCAAGAAGAGUCUGCCGAAAAACCUCGUGAUGAUUGUGAUAAUAGUGCAGGCGAAAGUGAGUUAUUUAGUAAAUUUGAACAACCUCAGCAGAAUGCUUAUAGUGAUAAAUAUAAAGACUACAAUCUGACAGCUGUUGUAUGCCAAAUUGAUGAUGGCGUACAGAAAAACUUAGUGGCUCUAAUUAAAAUAGGAAAAAUAUAUUAUGAUCUUAAAUUAGGACCAACCGACGAGCAGCCAGAUCAGUGGUACAUUUUCAACGAUUUCAGUAUUUCACCGGUUUCAAUUCAGGAGUCUGUUUGGUAUACCCUAGACUGGAAAGUUCCUUGUGUUCUUUUCUAUACUAGCACUGAACUGAAUGAAGUUGAGUGCGAUGAAACGGAAGAGACAUUCCUGAAUCCAUUCCUGCAGGAUAUAAUAACUCCAAUACAUCCAACACGCAGUGAUUCACUGUUUAAACCAUUAUCGUUGGACGAAAUGCCACAACGUGGCGAUCUUGUAGCGAUGGAUGCAGAGUUUGUCACAUUGAAUCCUGAAGAAAGUGAAAUACGUCCAGAUGGAAAAACAGCGACAAUCAAGCCGAGCCAUAUGAGUGUAGCCCGAAUAACUUGUAUUAGAGGAGGCGGAGAGGAUGAAGGUAUCCCAUUCAUUGACGAUUACAUAUCAACACAAGAGCAAGUCGUCGAUUACCUUACAAAAUUUUCGGGCAUCAAACCGGGCGAUUUGGAUGCAAACUUUAGCAGCAAACGUCUAACAACACUUAAGAAUUCAUAUCAAAAGCUACGCUACCUUGUUGAUGUGGGUGUGAUAUUUGUGGGUCAUGGACUAAAAAAUGAUUUUAGGGUAAUAAAUAUGAUCGUAUCCCCGGAUCAAAUUAUCGACACAGUGCAUUUAUUUCAUCUACCGCACCACAGAAUGGUUUCCCUUCGAUUUUUGGCGUGGCAUUUUCUAGGUACAAAAAUUCAGUCAGAAACUCACGAUUCAAUCGAAGACGCUCGUACCACAUUGCAACUGUACAAGCACUACCUACAAUUGCAAGCUGAAAACAAACUAUCGUUGGCUUUGAAAACACUUUACGAGCGCGGUAAGCAAUUGUCAUGGAAAGUCCCAGAAGAUUAAAGGUAAACGAAGCGAAAGACAGAGAAAGUACAAAGGCGCACACGUUAAUUUGAUUGCGGGAACACGAAAGUGACAGUUGAAAUACAACACAAGAAAGAAAACACUCAAAACAAGCGAGAUUUUUAAUGAAAAAGAUAGUAUUUAUUUUGAUAAUAUCAAAUGAUGGUAUAUAUAUUGUAUACAACAAGGAAAAUUGUAGUUUGUUACAAAAAUUUUUACAUUGUAUAAAAUACGAAAAGAAAGAUUUUGAAAGAUUCUA